AUGAAUCGGGGGGAAGCUGGAUCUUACGUCGUCCUUCUGGCAUGCGCCAGCUAUAGCGGUUACGAAUCACGAAGCGGGGAACCCCCGCACAGUGGUGUGCACAGCGGAGGUGGCCCCGGGAAUGCGGCGAACGACCGUGGCGGCGGUCCUGCUCAAGUUGGGCAGAUGGCGUCCACUCGGCGGCAGCCUUCUAAACCGCUACCCUCGGCUCCAGACUUGCGUAUUCAAGCGCCACCCGCGUACCCGUUGUUCAUGAAGUCGGUGUCGAGUUGCCGUUCUGGUCGUCCAUUAGAGUGGAAGGCAUACGGCAGUGGAGAAAGAUGUGAAUGGAGGAGCCGUCGAAAGAGGCUUGUACCUGGUGGCUCGCCUGAACAACGUAGAGGACCGAGGCGGAAAAAAGGGGCUAAACGAGAUCACGAACCGAGCGAGCAAGCGUUGAACCUUCCGGAGGCCACCGCGCCGAACGCGUUAGUUGGCGAACGGAGUGAAGUGGUAUGGGGGGGAGGGGCCGGCGGGGUGCCUAAUCUGGCAUGGCUGGAAGAUGGGCAGUCUUCGCUGUGGACACAGGAUAGUCCCGCUGUUCAUCGAUCCGAGGCGCCUGCCGAAGCAGCCCAGCGGAACGAUCUUGCCCGACCUCCCUCCAAUCCGACGUUCCCGUCACAUGGUUCGCAGUCUUCGCCAAUCGCGAGCGUGAUGCACGCACCGCAAACUCGAGUGUCGUCACGCUCUGCUGAGCAACUGAGUGUUCCCGUAGCCGCUGGUUCCGCGGUACCAGGAUCUCAAGCUUGGCUGCCCGCAGUGCCUGCUCCAGUUUAUACUGCCCCACAAGUGCAGCCCGUGCUGCGUGCUGUUCCGGGGACAUCAGGAGGGGAAGGUAGACAGGUCCACACUUCCCUGCCAGAGCUUCUGCUUCUUACGGGCGAGCGCUCCUUACCUCAAGUUCCCCCAGCAAGCUCCCUUACCCUGAUAGGGUAUGGGGCGCCGCUGUUGCCGCUGGGGAAUGGGCCCGAUGCCCAACCACCAAUGCCACACUGGCUGGUGCAUCUCAUUCCACGGCAUAUGACUCCAGGGGAUGUGACUAAAACCACUUCACAGUCGGUUGAGCAGACCGUCGUCCCUGCAUCAGGAGUGACCAGUUCAUCUACAACGGUACCGCGGCGCUUCAACAGUAAUGCUGGUGGUGACUUCACUGCGUCCCUCGCGACGUCCCAGAAGACGUCGUGGGGAAAGGUGCCACACGACACAGCAGAUUCACAGGUUGUGCUGGAAAGUUCGAAAACGGCACAGCCUCCAACGGGAUCGCCGCAGCCGAUUGCGCUUAAUGCUGAGAAGAGCGACAUCGACCAGUCUGCAGGGGUCCACGGUGAUGCGCAUAUACGGGGAACCGCGAAUCAUGGUGAAUCAAGCUCCUGGCAACUGACGAAACCUCCGAAAGCCCCUCUGAAGGACGGUCAGCCGCAGGCACCUGAGCGUGCUCCGCCGAGAGCUCAACCUCCUCCGUUCAACCCAUGGAGAGUAAAGAGCGGUCUUCUCGAGAGGCGGAUAGUAGAAAAGCUGCCACCGCUGAAGAUCCCGCCACUGCGAGGCCGCCCAGAAGUUGGUGGUCGAGGCGGUGGGCGUGGCCAAGUGCGGGCAGGCUCAGAGCACGAAAAUGCGUCACGAGUGACUUCAGAACCCUCUACCAUGGCGCACGCGGACACAGUGGUCCGGAGUUCGAAGCGCACACAGAAGAACUCCGAAAGCCGAUUCAUGGUCGGCGGUCGUCCGAAGGAUACAGGACGCAGUCAGUCUGGCGCCGAAUCAAGCUCCUGGCAACUGACGAAACCUCCGAAAGCCCCUCUGAAGGACGGUCAGCCGCAGGCACCUGAGCGUGCUCCGCCGAGAGCUCAACCUCCUCCGUUCAACCCAUGGAGAGUAAAGAGCGGUCUUCUCGAGAGGCGUGAGUUGAACAUCAUUUCGCGAACAACUCUGUUUCUUUGGCGACCUCGCUAG